AUGGACUACCACUCAGCAAUAAAAAGAACUAUGGAUAUACACAAUAUGGAUAAACCUCUAGUUAUGCUGAGUAAAAGAAGCCAGAUAAAAAUGAGUACACACUGCAGGAUCCCACUUACACAGAAUCGUAUACUAUGUAGAACAGGCCACAGUGUCAGAAAGCAGAGGUGUCAUCCAGGGAUAUGGAUGGAUGGAGGGGAGUUGGAGGGCUGGGAGAGAUCACCAGGGGGUCUGAGAGAACCUUCUGGGGUGACGGAAGUGGUCAUUAUUUUGACCGUUGAUGGGUUCAUCAUGUUAUACAUUUCAAAAAUUAUUAAACUGCACACUUAA